AGUUGGAGAAAUAAGGAAGUGAGUGAACAGGCUGGGGUGAUGUCUAGAUGCCAUGCAGCUUUUGUCAAAUAGACGUCAAAGACACGACCACAGGCUGGGCUAGGUUCGCGGAGGGAUACAAAGUCCCCAUUCUAUACACACCUCCAUCCCGCUAGUGGAAACUUCAUCUAAAGAACGAGCACACUCGUAGUCUGGUUCAUAGAUAAUCAGCCUAGAUCCAUCAAACAUGGCCGAUCAGCUAACAGAGGAACAGAUUGCAGAGUUCAAAGAGGCGUUCUCCUUAUUUGACAAGGAUGGCGACGGCACAAUCACGACCAAAGAGCUGGGCACCGUGAUGAGGUCGCUGGGACAGAACCCCACAGAGGCUGAGCUGCAGGACAUGAUCAAUGAAGUUGACGCAGACGGCAACGGCACCAUUGACUUCCCAGAGUUCCUGACCAUGAUGGCCAGAAAAAUGAAGGACACAGACAGCGAGGAGGAGAUCCGUGAAGCCUUUAGGGUAUUCGACAAGGACGGAAACGGCUACAUCAGCGCCGCAGAGCUCCGCCACGUCAUGACAAACCUGGGGGAGAAGUUAACAGACGAGGAGGUAGACGAGAUGAUCAGAGAAGCAGACAUUGAUGGAGACGGACAGGUCAAUUAUGAAGAGUUUGUACAGAUGAUGACUGCAAAGUGAACCUCGCCCGACUUGCCCCGUUCCCUCUUA